AUAAUUCCUACACAUUAUAUCAUCCUAUGAUUGUUUAAAUUGUUUUUUUGCGACUAUUCGACUGCCACUGUACCUAUUGUUAGACAAACUAUACAUUUAUUAGUACCAAACUUUUUGUGGGUAGCCUGACAUAUAAUAAAUCUCAGACUCAGUAAAAGAGAACGCUAUUGUGGUAGGGGUAUGAGAGAGAAGAGGACGGAGACUUUUAACUAAAUACCUGUUCUAUAUUGCGAUAAGAUUAUUUCACACGAGCGUUAAACUUACUUACGAAUUCAUGUGAUCGUGUGUGAAAAAGAAUUGUUCAAAAAAUACACAAUAAAAAGUUGGUUUGUGAAAAUGGCUACCCAUUAUUAUUAUGAAACGAUAGAAAAUCUGAAAAUUGUUUCGCUGGACGUUAAGGAUGUACGAUUCCCAACAUCUUUGGGUCUGCAUGGGUCAGAUGCUAUGCACAGAGACCCGGAUUUUUCUUGCGCAUAUGUGACGAUAAGAUUGGCCUCUGGUACAACAGGCAACGGUUUUACAUUUACUUGCGGCAGAGGAAAUGAAAUCGUCGUUGCUGCCAUAAAAUCAUUGUCAUUUCUCGUUGUUGGGGCCACAGUUGUUGAUAUUUACAAAGAUUUUGCUGCAUUUUCUAGGUCAUUGACGAACGAAACCCAGUUGAGAUGGCUUGGUCCCGAAAAAGGUGUAACUCACUUAGCUACUGCCGCCAUACUUAAUGCACUUUGGGAUUUAUGGGCUAAACUGCUUAAAAAACCAGUGUGGCGCCUUUUAGUCGAUUUACCUCCCGAACAACUAGUUUCAACGAUCGACUUUAAAUAUAUUAAAGAUGUGAUUACAAAAGAGGAAGCUAUCGAAAUACUCAGGAAAGCACAGGAUAAAAAGGAAGAAAGGAUUAAAAAAAUUACUGCCGAUGGAUAUCCUGCAUACACAUCACAAAAUGGCUGGAUUGGUUACUCAAAAGAAACAUUAAUUGAACUCACUGAAAAAUAUAACGACCUUGGAUUUAAUCACUUUAAAAUAAAAGUUGGAUUAAAUUUGGAUGAUGAUAUUCGUCGCUUAAAAAUUGUCAGAAACAUUAUAGGAUGGGAUAAAAAACUUAGUAUUGACGCCAAUCAAGUGUGGGAUGUAGAAGAAGCAAUACCAUGGGUUAAAAAGCUAGCAGGGUUUAAGUUAACAUGGGUUGAAGAGCCGACCAGUCCAGACGACAUUCUCGGUCAUGCCACUAUCUCCAAAGAACUAAAUCCCCUAGGAAUUGGGGUUGCCAGUGGAGAAAUGUGCAGUAAUAAAGUAUUGUUUAAGGAAUUCCUAUUAACCGAUGCCAUACAGUAUGUUCAAGUGGAUCCGGCCAGACUUGCUGGUAUUAACGAAAUAUUAGCCGUAUAUUUGAUGGCCCACAAGAAGGGAGUGAAAGUCGUUCCUCACGGGGGUGCCCUGGGACUAGGGGAGAUGAUACAGCAUUUACAAAUCUGGGACUACGUCUCCCUUUCCGGAACCACCGAAGACCGUUACGUAGAAUACAUCGAUUUGCAACAUGAACAUUUCGUUAAUCCUGUAUCAGUCAAAAAUGGUCGUUAUGAAGUCCCUACGACUCCCGGUUAUAGCACCACUUUAAAAGACGAUUCCAUACUAAAAUACGAAUAUCCCGUUGGGACCGAAUGGGAGAGCAUGUUUAGCAAAGGAUUGUUCCAUGAUCCACGAAAGGCCCCUUCAAGAAGGACGUCUGCGAUAAAGUUGUAAAUAUAUUUCGAUAUGUUGUAUAGUGUAUAUUAAAAAAAAAAGAGGAAAAAAAUAUUACCUCAGAUGUAUUAAUUUGCUGUAUUAUACUAUUUGAACAUUU